AGAAUGCCGCAGCAACAGAGUUUAGCAAGAUUUUUCUCAGCCAGCGGUGGGAACAGCCGUAAAAAGGCCAAGUUGGACGAAUCGGUGGCAAAGACUCCAGAGACUCCAGAAACUCCAGCGACUCCUGUAACACCAGUGGAGGUCAUAAAGAAAGAAGAUGUGGUGGUAGAGGAGAUCAAGAAGGAUGCUGAAGAUGAGUCCAUUCCCGUGAAGACUGAAGUAAAGAAAGUAGAAGUGGAAAAGAAAAUUAAUACUGGUGGAGUUAUUCCCUAUGCCAAGAUCACUGAGGUGUUUGAAAAUGUAGAAAAUACAUCUUCAAGAUUAUCAAUUACAGCAUUAGUUUCAGAUCUUUACCUUGAGAUUCUCAAGACCUCCACACCAAAGACAUUGGCCAAGGUAGUGUACCUUUGUAUCAAUCGAUUGGGUCCUGAUUAUGAACCAGAUUUGGAAUUAGGGUUGGGUGAAACUUUAUUGAUUAAGGCCAUCAGUGAAUGUUAUGGCCGUGCUCCUGCGAAAACAAAGAGAGAAUACCAAGAAGUUGGAGAUUUGGGACUUGUGGCCCAGAAAUCACGUUCCGGACAACCAACCAUGUUCAAACAAACAUCCUUGGACGUGGACAUGGUGUUUGAAAACUUGACUAAAAUUGCUAGAUCUACCGGUAAGGAUUCUCAAUCACGGAAAAUUUCCAUUAUUAACAAGAUGCUCACGGCCUGUAACAUGAAGAGUAACGAGGCCAAGUUUCUUAUUAGAUCUUUGGAGGGGAAGCUUCGUAUUGGGCUUGCCGAGAAAACCGUUCUUAUGGCCCUUGCACAAGCCUUUGUAAAUUAUGAAAAGAUCACCAAGAACGGUAAAAAAGUCGGAGGUGAAGAUUUGGCUCAAGCUGAAGAUGUUAUCCGUGAAGCAUUUUCCACCAUCCCCAAUUAUGAAAUCAUAAUAGAAAAUGCAUACAAAUAUGGAGUUUUCAAUCUUUUAGAACAUUGUCAAUUGACUCCAGGGAUCCCAUUAAAACCAAUGUUGGCCAAACCAACCAAAUCUGUAAGUGAAAUCUUGGAUAGAUUCCAAGGUGAAGAGUUCACAUGUGAAUAUAAAUAUGAUGGAGAAAGAGCACAAAUUCAUUUCUUUGACAAUCAAAUCAAAGUUUAUUCUAGAAAUUCAGAAGAUAUGUCUCAACGAUACCCAGAUCUUCUCAAUGUGAUCAACGAAGUUUUCAAGAGCACCAAUGGUGGAGCCAUUGUUACCAACAAAUCAAUGAUCUUGGAUUGUGAAGUUGUUGCGUGGGACAAGGAACAGGGGAAGAUUUUGCCCUUUCAAGUGUUGUCCACUCGUAAGAGAAAGGCAGUGGAAGAAAAGGAUAUCAAGGUGAAUAUUUGUUUAUUUAUAUUUGAUAUGUUAUACUUCAAUAACACUGCCUUGAUCAGUAGAUCACUUACUGAAAGAAGAGAAUUAAUGAUGGAUAAUUUACAAGUCAUUGAUGGGAAAUUCCAAUUUGCCACGUAUAAGAAUUCAACAAAUUUAGAUGAAUUGCAACUCUUUUUAGAUCAAUCUGUUAAGGAUUCAUGUGAAGGUCUCAUGGUUAAGAUGCUUAAUGGGAAGGAAUCAUAUUAUGAACCUUCGAAAAGAUCAAGAAAUUGGUUAAAAUUGAAAAAGGAUUAUUUGGCUGGGGUUGGAGAUUCUCUUGAUUUGGUGGUUGUUGGAGCUUAUAUUGGUAAGGGGAAAAGAACUGGGACUUAUGGUGGGUUCUUAUUGGCCUCGUACAACCAAGACACGGGUGAGUAUGAAACAACUUGUAAAAUUGGGACUGGGUUUUCCGAUGAAAUGUUGACUACUUUGUAUAAUCAAUUGAAACCUACUGAAAUACCUAGACCAAAGGCAUUUUAUGUUUAUGAUUCCAAUAAUUCCAAUGCAUCUCCAGAUGUUUGGUUUGAACCAACCACAAUCUUUGAAGUUUUAACUGCCGAUCUCUCGUUGAGUCCAGUUUAUAAGGCUGCUCAUAAUGAAUAUGGAAAGGGGAUUUCUCUUAGAUUCCCUAGAUUCAUACGACUUAGAGAUGAUAAAUCAAUUGAAGACGCUACAAGUUCAGAACAAAUAUCUGAAUUCUAUCAAAGACAAGCCAGUGUCAACUAA